UUAAAGGAAAUAUCGAUUUUUCAAAGAAAGGAUUUUUCGAAGGUUUUGAGCGAUGAAUGGGAAUAGAGUAUACCCUACUUCUGUGUUUCUUAUAAAGGACCUGCAUUCCAACAUAAGCUUUUAGUUCCUAGCCUGACGUGUCGUUCGUCAGUCGUGUCUUCUUCAGUUCAAGCGAUCAGUGAUCAGGAAUUAUCGAAACUUUCACGGGAGCAGAGGGAAGUCUCAUUAAUUUCUAACACGCUCGCUAAGGCGAUUCGUGAUUUACCUUAAGAUUCGACUCCCACCUUCGACCGGCUUGACGAGAUAGCGCACGUGCAUACUCGUCGAGGCAGGUAUACGAGCAAAGAGCGAGGAGGUAGUGACAAUCGAGUUACGGCUUCCUUUUAUCAGUCAAGCUGAACCGCGCGAAGUACGCGGAUCAACCAAGACACUGAGCGUGCGUUCCAAAUAUCAAGGAAAACACCGACUUUCUCUUUGUCUUCAGUGCACGUGAUUUUUAUCAUAACGCUAAAGUUUUAACGGCCUGCUUGUAUAGUGCACGGGUGGUUUAUCGUAAAAUCUCAUGUGAAAAAAAUACAUGACUUGCACAGAAGAAAAGACACAUCCAGUUUCACUGUGAUUCAGAGAAAAACGUCAAGAUCCUUACUGCUACCAUAAAUAACGGAUUUUUUCACCAAUCAGAAUCUAUUGAAGAACUUCGACACGCUGGCGUACAUUCAACCUGAGAUACCUACGUUAAGACCUGCGAAAAUAGGCAGGAGCAAUGUAAACUUGUCGCAGAUCGAUCCUAAGAUCCUCCGACCCCGUACUAGAUACUACAACAUUGUACGUCAACACCGAAUUCGCCAUGGUCGCUUUUCCGGACUCGACUACUGAGUUAGUGUUGCUGAGCGAUAACGGUCUCAGGUCGCACGACUACAGAAUCCCCAUUAACAUAACGGAACAUGACAAUUCCGGGAAAGUAAAAGAUGAAGCAUUUACUAUGCCUCGCGUCAUGAUGGCGAAUGGGCAGACUAAUUAUGCGUUAAAGAUCGAGAGCAUAGAUACGAUCGACAAGCUAAAUAUCCCGGCGAAAAACAUCAAUAUGGGACCCGACGUUGUGAAGAAAGUCGUCGCUGGUCUAAAGUGCCCCGAUGAUCAGAACGACAAAGACAAAAAGAGCAUGUCCGACGAUAAUCUCGGCAAAAGUGGAGGAUCUCUUUCUAGCGGCAGCUCCAUUGUAACAAUUACUUCGUCGGUCUCCACUUCCACAGAUCCCGAUCCAAAUGGCUCUAAUAGUUCGGAUGGAAACGAGAAUAAAGACAUCAGGACAGAAAAGUGGUGCUACACGAUUUUACAAGUUUCAGUGCCUUUCUUCGUCGCCGGUGUUGGCACUAUUGGCGCCGGCUAUAUUCUUAACACGGUGAAGAACUGGGAGGUGUUCAGGACAGUCUCACAACUAUUGAUCUUAGUGCCUGCGCUACUUGGAUUAAAAGGAAAUCUCGAUAUGUGCUUGGCGUCGCGACUGAGCACGCAAGCGAACUUAGGCAACAUGCACGACUUUCGUGAGACUGUCAAAAUGAUAAUUGGUAACAUCGCUCUGGUGCAAAUCCAGGCGAUCGUCGCGGCUAUCUGUGUGGCGCUGUUCGCUAUGACAGUGGGCGCAAUUACAGACGCCAACAACACUUUCGUCUGGAAUCAUGCGGUGCUGUUGGCGACCUCGAGCGUUAGCACGGCGACCAGUUCCUGCUUCAUCUUAGAUUUCCUCUUGAUCGCCGUCAUCAUGUUAUCGUACCGAUGUAAAUUGAAUCCGGAUAACUUGGCGACUCCCUUGGCGGCGUCCUUCGGUGAUGUCGUGUCCAUCAGUGUUUUAUCCGGCAUCUCGUCGCAGCUCUACCUCAGGUUGGACACCGAGAUAUGGGUGUUAUACGUCAUCCUCGUGUUAUACCUCCUACUCUUACCAUGUUGGAUUAUGAUUGUGUUGAAGAACGAAUACACGAGAAAAGUUUUGAAGACUGGUUGGGUUCCAGUAUUAUCCGCUCUCUUCAUCAGUGGCUUUGGCGGAUUAAUUCUUGAUCGUGUUGUCAAUAUAUAUCAAGGAUUUGCAAUUUUCCAACCAAUCAUUAACGGUAUUGGUGGCAAUCUCGUGUCAGUCCAAGCAUCUCGUACUUCUACAAUGCUACAUCAGUCUUCUGUUAUGGGAAUUCUGCCACCAUAUGCCAAAAUAUUUAUAGCACCAUGGAAAGCACUUUUCAAAGGAUUUCCAACCGCUAAGACUGCUAGAAUGCUCAUCGGCAUGGCGAUUAUCGGUCAACUGAUCUUCGUGUUUGUCGCUGAUUACGUGAAUCAAGACAAUUGCACGUUGCACGCAUACUUCGUGGUCUCCUACGUGAUUGUCUCCGUCUUACAAGUGAUGUUCCUGCUGUAUAUCGCGCAUGUAAUGAUCCAUGCCAUGUGGCGAUAUAAAAUGGAUCCCGACAACUCAGCAAUUCCCUAUUUAACAGCAUUGGGAGAUCUCAGUGGAUCGCUGUUCCUAGCGUUGGCCUUCUGGUUUAUAUAUGCAAUACACGAGGAAUAUUGCGCAAGUAAAUAAGUUUGCGGCACAACGCAGAACAAUUAGAUUUAAAGUUAAAAUAGUCACACACAAUAUAGAAGAGUAAUAAUAAUUCAUAAUAAUUUUUAGCGAUAAUUUUACUAAAACAAAAAUAAACAAAUUAAUUGUCGCCAAGAUAAAUUGAAUUUAAUUUUUCACGGCUUUUAUUUAAAAUGACUGGCAAAACUGAAUAAGAGACAAUAGCCAGAAUGACUCGAUUAAUAUUCUCGAAAAAAAUAAUAGAGCCGGAACGAUAUUGGAAAUAAAGACGAGGGAUGUAGAAAGAAAAAUACUCACGUUAGAUAUGUAAUUUAAAUAAUCGUUAUUGACUGUUGGUUAAUCGUUAAUGCUAACGUGAACGAGUAAUCCACAAUUGUAAGACAGAAACUGUUCGAUCGAUUAGCCGAGAUCAAUACGAUAAUUAUAGUUGUAAUUUUAGCAGGCACAAUUUUCUUCAACAUGUCGCGCAUUUUUUCGGCGACAUGAAUAUCUCGCAACUCAAUAGAAGCCUAGUCAACUUAGUAGCAAAAAUUCAAUAGCAUCUAAAAGAUAUUUAGAGAAUGUGAUAAAUAUUCGCCUUUUAGAUAUCAUUUAUACAUUCAUGCUAUUUUAAUAAUAAUGUCGCAACUUAACAGAAGGAAGUACAAUAGCGUUGCGACACAUGCUAGUUUUAAGAUAGCAAUCGUAACUUAUCAGAUCAUGAAUAGUCGUGAAUUAAGCAAACGUAUCUCUAAGAAUUUAUAAUCUUAGAGUUUGCUGAAAUUUGAUUUGUACAUAUACCAAUAUUAGGCAAAAUAUAUUCACGGGUAACACCGAUUUUAGACAACAUAAAAUUCCAUAAAAUAGUAAAGUUUUAUUUCUAAUUUUAUGUAUUGUGCAAAAUACGGAACACAUUUAAAUAUUUAUACGCAUAUACACACAAAUCUGCAGAUAUAAUAUUCUGAUUUUUCAAAUCUUAUAUGUAUAUAAAUAUAUACAAAUAAGAAGUUAUACUAAUAAGAGUUCUGUUGCAAAUUGUCUAAAAUAGGUUUAAUGAACAUAUGGUGGUCAAUAGUUUUGAAUAUGCAUUUUAACAUAUGUUAAAAAUGUAUAUUAGUAUAUAUUAUAUAUAUACUAAUAUAUUUAUACAAAAAUGCACAUUUUUACACAUGUUAACUAUUUAUAUAAAUAAUUUUAAAAAUUUAUAAACAUAUAUAUAUAUACAUAUAUCUAUAUUUUUUCUUACAAAUGCAUAUUCAAUACAAAUAAAAAGCAGAAUCUUGUUGCUAGUUGUCGGAAAUAGGCAUCUCUAAUGAUCAAAUGAUUUUGAAUAUGCAUUUAUAUGACUUCUUUAAAUAUAUAUUAAAAAAUAUAUAUAUAUAUUAGUAUAUAUUAUAUAUAUACUAAUAUAUUUAUUAGUAUAUAUUAUAUAUAUACUAAUAUAUUUCUAAAAAUGCAUACUUUUACACGAGAAAUAUGUCAGCAUAUUUUAUAUAAAUAAUUUAUAUACAUAUAAGUAUAUUUUUCUUACAAAUGCAUAUUCAGUUCGCGAAUACAUUAUGUCCGCUGUCACAUACGUAACAUUACACAAUUGCGCCUGUCAAAAUGACAUCCCAAUGUCGCAUUAACUAUGUGUCAUUAAAGCAAAUGCUGAUUGCGAUCUUUCUUUACCGCUGGCUUACGUAUUUUGUUUAAUUAUGCUAGCGAUUUUCAAGACAAUGGUUACGUAAUACGCAUUGAACAACAAGUAAUUAAUUUCGCGUUAAUUAUCAGUCUUCAAACACGUGAAGAAUUUGCAAGGACGCAUUUCUAAUGCUUUGUUAUGAUAUUGAUAUGAUAUGCAGCUGCACCAAUGUUACCAUAACUAAAUUUAAAAAAUUUUUAUCUAAUUAGAUGUAUUGAACGAGAUUACUUAACACUCGUUUUUUAUCAGCACUUGUUUUUUCGCAGUUUUAACGAAGUUUUAACAUAACAUUAACGAAUAUACCGCGAAUAUACAUGCAAAAUGUCCAAAAUUCAAACGAUAUGUUUAAUAUGUUAAAACCAUCGGAUACCAAAAUGCUCGGUCUUUUAAAUAAUUUUAAAAAUAAAUUAUUUUUAAGUCGUGCGUUUAAUAUAGAAUAUUUAUAUUCGUGUGUAUUUAAAAAAAAAAUGAUGCAUAAUUGGGACAUAUUGUCUGCAUGUAUCAUGCACUUAAACUGUAUUAAAUAUAAUUUUUACUAUAUAUAUAUAAUCUAAGUAUUUUACUUGUCACAACGAAUUCAUUAUGGGUCUGGCGAAUUUUAGGAUUAGUUCAUUCAAUUGGAUCGCGUUAAUGAUUCAUGAAGCAACAGUAUUUUUCUCUCAAUGAAUUUUAAUAUUAUUUAAUUUUUUAAUGUUAUUUACUAUUCAGAAUAGCGAAAUUACGAUUGUUGUAUUAACUAUUUUUUUUCAGUAGAUAUACCGCUAUGUACAAUUAAUUAUACAAACUCAGGUAAUCAUCUUCCGAACAGUAUUUAUUAAUAUAGUGUAUCCUUAUCAGAAAUGUACUUAUUUAUCCUAAUUCUGUCCAAUAAUAGCAUUAAAUAUUUCGACCUUUAUAUAUUGUUUUAGUAAUUCAUCAAGUGGUGAUAAAUAUUAAUGUAUCCUAUGUAUUUCAUAACGAACCCAGCAAUCACAAUGUUAUGUAUAACAUACCUAUUAGUUGCAAUUUCUGCAAUUUUCUACUCAACAUCAUGUUACAUUGUAUAACAUAUAUUAUAUAACAGCUACAUUAUUGAGUAAGAAAUUCCAACUAAUAGGCAUGUUACAUGUAACAUUGUGUUUGCUGGGAAUUAUUUGUCCAAAAGUUACUGCAAAUAUAAAGUAACUGUAUAUAAAAUUCUAAAAUAAUACUUUUAAGGAGCAACUA